UCUGCUGACCAUGGAGGCUGUGGGUUCAUCGCUGCUCACUCUGCUUCUGCUUUUCCUGCUGCUUGUUCAAGCGCAUAUAGUGGUGGGAACCAGAGACCAAGAGCAACCACAACCUCGAUUGACCUCCAUUUUCAAACCACAACGAGAGCACUCAAGCUCACCUUCAAACAUACAGAAGCGAGCUAUAACUAUAUUCAACCCUUGGAAAGUACUCGUCGCAAGUGUUCAGAAGCAAGGAAAAUCGAAGCCGGUCGACAACUCCACACCAAAGCCAUCGACAGAGAGACCAGUGCCCUCAACAACCACAAAGCCACCAGUCACACUAAUCUGCUACUCAACCAACGGAACACACUACACGCCUUACCAUAUACCAGAUCCAAACAAUUAUGAGCACGAUGAGCAAGUCACCUUCGUCCUGAAAAAGAAUGCCGGUUUCCAGUCAGUGGAACCAAUCACAUUCUAUCCGGCCAAUGCUUUAAUCUGUUAUCCCGAAGAAUACGCCUCUUAUUACCAAACCAAACCUAAUACCUUUUUGGUAACAGUUCCUCCCAGCAUCCAGCCGACCGAGCCCUUCCCCUUACUGCCAACAGAACCAACCCAACCAGAGGAGUUUCCUGUAUGCGACUAUUUCGAAAUUCACCCACAACACAGCAUGACGCUGGAGCCCAACGCGGAAUGUAACAUCAGGAGGGCAGGAAUUCUUCAGGAGGAAAAGGAAGAAAUCGUUAGACUACAUAACGUCUUCAGGGCUAAGGUUUCAAGAGGAGACGAGCACCGCGGGCGCCCUGGACCGCAGCUGCAGGCAGCAAACAUGUGUGUCCUGCACUGGAACGAAGAAUUGGCAGCUGUCGCUCAGGCCUGGGCCAACCAAUGUCGCUACGCGUACGAUGGCUUCGAGAGGCGGAAACUUUGUUCCCGGGAUUAUGUGGUCGGCCAGAACGUGUAUUAUCAUACUGGGACGGACUCUACUUCGAACUGGGCCGAGGCAAUCCAAUCGUGGUAUGACGAGGUGGAGGACUUCCCCAGAGCCAACGCCCUGAGCUUCCAUGCGGACAACUCCAGCAGAAGAAUCCACCAUUACUCGCAGAUGGUAUGGGGAGUGACACGAGAAGUAGGAUGUGGAGCAGUGUACUAUUCCCAAGCCGGAUCUAGUCUUGGCCGUGUGUAUGUGUGCAACUACGGACCAUCCGGCAACUCACUGGGGUCCCCUGUUUAUCAAGUUGGACUCCCAGGCAAGGCCUGUGGGUUCGCUAUUCCAUCAGAUGUCUAUCCUGAACUUUGCGAGUGGAAUCAGAACUACGGAAGAAUUGGCUGACAUAUUAAUUUUUUGGUUUAAAUGUUUUUCAUUGUUUAAGUUCUGGUUUGUAAACUUAAAAUAAAAGUUGUUAUAUAAACUCAA